GCUGCGCAAAGGCAGAACGCUGCCUUGCAGACAGAACUUGCUGCCAAGCUUCAGGAGGUGGAAGGCCGGGUGGCGGCCAAGGAUGCCGAGGAGUUGGAGACCUACCGGCAGAGCCACAACACCGCCUCCUUGCAAACGCUGCAAUCGGCUGCGGAGGCAAGGGUGCAAGCUCAGAAGCAUCAGAACAAGCAGCACAUGAUGAAGUCCAAUUUGAUCCAAAUGCGUCUUCAGGCGGAGGUUCAUGAUACGGCGGCUGUGGCCGAAUCCUCUAUGUCAGGGUCUGCGGCCGAUAUGCGCGCGCUGAGCAAAUCGAUCACCAAAGCCAAGGCGCUUGAAGCGGUGAAACUGUCGAAAGCCAGCAGGCAGACAGCAGAGAUGAUGAAGACUGCCAAGAGCUUGGAGGCCAGCUAUGAGGCCGAGUCCAGGACAGUGGAUGGUGACGCCAAGGUGGACCAGCUGAUGAGCAAGGAAGCAGCU